AUGCGUCCUUUUGGAGGUGCAUUACGUGCCCGUGUAAAUGCGGCAAGUACGAUCAUGCGAAAUGGACCAAAAAUUGUUCAACAAAAAAGAUUUUUAUCCAUUCAUGAAUAUUUAUCGAUGGAUCUUUUGAAUUCAUAUGGAAUUGCAACACCAAAAUCAAUCCCAGCUAAAUCUGCCGAAGAAGCAUUUGAAGUUGCAAAAAAGUUUGGCGGAAAAGGAAUGGUUAUCAAAGCACAAGUUUUGGCAGGUGGACGUGGUAAAGGUCAUUUUGAUUCGGGAUUACAAGGUGGUGUUCAUUUGAUCAAAACGCCAGAAGAAGCUCGUGAUUAUGCAAAAAAGAUGAUUGGUAAUAAACUCAUCACCAAGCAAACUGGUGCAGGAGGCAGAAUUUGCAAUGCUGUCAUGUUGGCAGAAGCAAGACCACCAGCUCAUGAAUACUAUGUCGCUCUUUUGAAUGAUCGUCAAUCUCAAUUACCCGUCCUCAUUGCUUCUAACCAAGGUGGUAUGUCAAUCGAAGACGUUGCAAAGGAGAACCCAGAUGCAAUCAUUACAACACCGAUUGAUUUGCAAAAGGGUUUGGACCAACAAUCCGCUCUAGACAUUGCCAAGAAAUUGGGAUUCAGUUCAGAGAAGCAAGAGAAACAAGCCGCUGACACUUUCAUCAAAUUAUACAAACUCUUCAAGGAGAAAGACGCAACACAAGUAGAGAUUAAUCCUAUGGCAGAGAGCAAAGAUGGUGAAGUAUUGUGCAUGGACGCAAAAUUAGGCUUCGAUGAUAACGCUGUUGAGAUUCGUCAACCUGAUAUUGCUAAAUUGCGUGAUCCCACCCAAGAGGACCCUGAUGAGGUUGAGGCUGGAACAAGAGGAUUGAACUUUAUCAAAUUGGACGGUGAUAUCGGAUGUUUGGUAAACGGAGCAGGUUUGGCAAUGGCCACGAUGGAUGUGGUCAAACUAAAUGGUGGUAACCCUGCCAAUUUCCUCGAUAUCGGUGGAGGUGCAGAUGCAGAAGCCAUGAAAUUAGCAUUCAAGCUCCUAUUGUCUGCUGACCCUAAAGCUUUGUUCGUAAACGUUUUCGGUGGUAUCGUUUCCAGUGGAAAGGUUGCAGAAGCUUUGGUUGAGGCUGCUAAAUCAAUCUCAAAGGAUGUUAACAUUGAUAUCGUCGCACGUCUACGUGGAAAUCAAGAAUCUGACGCUAAGAAGGUGAUUGAAAACUUUGAUCAAACUUCAGGUGUUAAGAUUCAUCCCGUUUUCGAUUUGGAUGAAGCUGCUAAGUUGGUGGUCAGUUUGGCUGACAAAGCUCGUGCCAAGGCAUAG